GUGUGGUUACUGCACUUAACACCGGUUAGAGUAUUAUUGACAUGCUCUAUUGAAGUUUUUCACGCGAUCUCUCCGCGUGAGAGCAGUCGCUUCGAGUCCGCGCUGCUGGAUCAGCGUCUACGCGCUCCAGUGGGACAUAACUUUCAACUUACUGUAUACAACAUAUAUUCUGCUAAAAAUUACAACGCAUUUACGUAUUUAACAUCCAUCAGGGCUCGCCACAGCGAUAUAUAACAGUGUGAAAGUUCCUCAUAGUGCACCGUCAACUUUGUUAUGCGAUGGUCAUAUAAUAUGCAAAUUAAAUGUUUCAUAACGUUUGAGGUGAAAAUGUGCUGAUUACUGAAGUCAAUAGACCGUGUUCGCAUUAAUAGCUGACCAUCGGCAGUUUUAGAAAACAUAGUUAACGAGGGAGAGCCGGUCCGGAAUAGUAAAAAGGGCGGUGGUGAUAGCUCGUAGUAUCUGUGUAUAUCGGUUAAUUGAAGUGAGGAAUUGAGUGGAGCCGGAUGCGGACGGCAAGUGUGCCGCUGCCCGAGCCCCGGCGGCGAUUUCACCCGCGUCACGCACGUCCGCGCUCGCAUGCUCUCCCUCCUCACUGAUCGAUCCAGUUACAGAAUCACUACAUUUGCAUAUGAUCAUUGCGCGAGUGAAAGUGAGCGUGAUGCUGAGCUCAGCUGGGCCGUGACGUGACGUGACGUCAUGGGCCAUGUGGAAGAUAUGCGGCGUCAGUAAAGCCGAGCCCGUGCUGUUCGCUGAUAACAUUGAUGAUGAUUAUCAGCCGACAUGGCGGCUGUGGGGCGAGGAGCGCGUCGACGGCGCCAUCUACACGGUCUACCUCAAGAAAGUGCGCUACCACCGGCCCACGCGUAGUGCAUCCAGUGAGUCGGAUGACGAGAUCUCUCACCUGGAGUGGGAGACGGUCCGGGUGCGCUUCGUGAAGGCAGGCACAGUAGAGCGCCUAGUCGAGGCCCUGGCCACGGACGAUGGCGAACUCGAGUCUACAUACGUCAACGUGUUCCUCGCUACCUACCGUUCGUUUGCGGAGUGCAAUCGAGUAUUGGACCUGCUCCUGCGACGGUACGAAGCCCUGGCGGCGGAGGACGUGCUGCCCUCGGCGACAGAUACCUCCCAACAACACCGAAAAACCCUUGUGGCGUGCCUGCACGUGUGGCUGGACACGUACCCGGAGGACUUCCGGCAACCGCCGCACCACCCCGCUCUGCAGCAGCUGCUCGCCUUCACGCAGCUCCAUCUGCCGGGCUCCGAGCUGCACUCGAAGGUAUUACAGAAGCUAGCGAUAUUCAAAGCGGAGCGGAAUGGCAUUUCGAGCGGCGCUCACAGCGCCAGCCCGGGCGCGGGAGCGGGCGGGGGCGGCGUGUGCCUGGCGCCCGGCAUGCGGCACCUGUCGCACCACACGGCGCUGUACCGGCUGCCGCACGUGCCGCACCGGCACUUCGCGGAGCAGCUCACGCGCAUGGACAUGACGCUGUUCCGGAAGCUCGUGCCGCACCAGUGCCUCGGCGCCGUGUGGUCGCGCCGCGACAAGGACCGCGGCCACGACGCCGGCUCCGUGCUCGCCACCGUCAACCAGUUCAACGCCGUCUCCUUCCGCGUCAUCUCCACCGUGCUCGUGGAGCCCGAGCUGCGCGCGCAGGACCGCGCCGACGUGCUCGCCGCCUGGCUCGACAUCGCGCGCGAGCUGCGCGUCCUCAAGAACUUCUCCUCGCUGAAGGCCAUCAUCUCCGGCCUGCAGAGCAACUCCGUCUACCGGCUGAGGAAGACGUGGGCGCUCCUCCCGAAGGAGAAGGCGGAGCUGUUCGACGAGCUGGCGCGCAUAUUCAGCGAGGACAACAACCGGUGGGCGCAGCGGGAGCUGCUGAUGCGGGAGGGCACCGCCAAGUUCGCCGACACGGUGGGCGAGAACGACCGCCAGCUGCAGAAGCUGCUGCACGAGCGCGGCUCGCCCGGCGUCAGCCACGGCACGAUACCCUACCUCGGCACCUUCCUGACCGACCUCACGAUGAUCGACACCGCCAUCCCGGACACGGUCGCCGACGGCCUGAUAAACUUCGACAAGCGACGGAAAGAGUUCGAGGUGCUCGCCCAGAUAAAGCUGUUGCAGGGCGCCGCGAACGCGUACCACCUCGCCUCCGAUCCGAUGUUCGACCGGUGGUUCGACUCGGUGCUCGUGCUCGACGACCGCGAGGCGCACCAGCUGUCGUGCCAGAUCGAGCCCCCGACGAACCCGCCGAAGGAGCGGAGGCCGAAAAAGACGAACGACAACAACGGCCACGGGCACCGGAAGAACGACUCUAUAGCGAGCACGAGCUCGAGCAACAGCUCGCAGUUCUACUGCGAGACGGACGGCGUCGCGAGCGCGUGGAAGCGGGACAGCCUCGAGCGGCGCGCGUCGCCCACGCGCCUGUCGCACGGCUCGUCGUCGUCGUCGCUGCCGUCGCUGGACGCGUCGCUGUCGAGCGCGGCCAGCGCGCACAAGCCCAACGGCAAGCCCGGCGCCAGUCCCGCGCAUGCGCACGCGCGCGCCGGCCCCGACUUCUACAUCAUCCGCGUCACCUACGAGUCGGACUGCGCCGAGACCGAGGGCGUGGUGCUGUACAAGUCCAUCAUGCUGUCCAACAACGAGCGCACGCCGCAGGUGGUGCGCAACGCCAUGCUCAAGCUCAACCUCGACGGCGACCCCGACCAGUACACGCUCGCUCAAGUCUUACCUGAUAGAGAAAUGUUGCUCCCGGCGAACGCGAACGUUUACUACGCAGUGAACACGGCGUACAACCUGAACUUCAUCCUGCGCCCGCGCAAGCCGCCGCCCGAGCCCGUGGCCAACGGCAAGCCGCGCAAGCGCACCUGACUGCACGCCCACUAGGACUGAACUGCGUCCCGAGUACGGCGACGUUUCUAAUUUGCGCAGCAAACCACUCUAUUGCGUAUGGGGUCUAAGCCGUUCGAAUCUGUGAUUCUUGGUGAGGCCCGGAGAUAACCAAGAUUUAUAGGUGCCCUGGCGGUACGAAACAAAACUCAGUAUUCUUAUCGAACGGAGUGUGAGAACUCGAAUUUGUGUUCAUAGUGUAUUCUAUUUAUGCAUUUCUUGGUGUCUAUAAGUGUAGUUGUACAUAAAAACCCUAUGCCACCUCUAGCUGUAAUUUUUGUGAAUAACUUAUAUAUGUAAAUUUGUAUCGUUAUUUGUAUAUAGUGGAAUAAUGUGUAAAUAAGAAUCUCAACUAGAAUGUUAGUGUCGUAAUACUGAGCCAAAGGCGAUCUGUUAUGUCUAAUACGAGGUGCUGAUAUAACCUUAUAAAGCAUUUCUAAAGCUUUAACAUUUGAAAACGUUCGUAAACCGAAUUUUCCAAAAAUAAACAUUAAUAUGUAUUUAUAUAGUGGUAUGGGUAAAGUAGACAAAUAACUGAAAGUAAACUAUGCGAUAGAUUAUAACCACUAGUUUAAGUAUCUACGUGGCAGUAAUCAAUUAUAUGUAAUAUAUCGUCACUACUUUUAAAAAAACUUGUAUCUUCGUCUGUCAAUGAAAAGAAAAUUGUAGUAAGUAUGUAUGGAAUGCAUAUAGACUUUCUGCGUUUUAACUUUGAGAAGCAGCGUGAGAUACGAGAUUUUUUAAAAGUAGUGACGAUAUGUUUAAUUAUUUAUACUCAUAUAAUGUACCUAACUUGUGGUAGACACGUUAGAACCAAAUAUUAACUGCCGCAAAACUCGCAAAAGCCUGAACUUAUUACUGUAUUUACUUAAAUACUUUUUCACACUUGAGAAUUUUUUUUUAAACUUUUUGUUUCGUUUUAUUUUUAUUAAAACAAUCUUUAGAGUAUUAAGUCGACUGACAAUUUAAAAUGUCUCCUACUCACUCGUUAAACAGUUUGUACAUGACAAUUUUACUCAUUUGUUGAUAAGUAGGAAUCUAUGUAUUAAGAAACACAAUGUGCCUAAAUUAUUUUUUUAUUUAUAUUUCGAUUGGAUGUUUGGAGAAAUAAUAAUUAUUUUUUAUUCGUUUGAAAAUACGAGAAAACAGGUAAAGAUAAUAGUGAAACUUUAUGUCCAUAAUAGGUAGCAGUUUAUUGGAAGUAUAUUGCACAAUUUCACGUGCAUAGUCCACUUUUAUACUGUUCUUAUAUUACUAUUUGUCACUCUCUUUAUAUUUUUAUUUAAUCUUGCAUCUUAUACAAUAGUUGUCGAUGUUACUUACCGAGAUUUCAGCAGCAUAAUUAUUGGUCAAUACAAGUUGCCCGACUAUCAAAUCUAUUUAAUUAGUUAAAUACAGAAUAUGUUUUAAAAUAAUGAAUUGCAUGUUACCUGAACCAUAAUAGUUAGUGCUCACUCGAUUUUGAAAUAUGAGCUGCCCUUUUGGAUGUAUUUAAAAUGGCCUCCGUAUAUAAAAACACUCGACUUUGGUGUUUGUGUAUCGUCGUCCACCACUAAGGUAACUAUUUCCAGAGGAUAGUUUACAUCAUUCAGUUACCUACUACAUAAUAAAAUAAACACAGCAAUAAACUCCCCACACGAGCAUAAAAAGGCAAAUUAUAAGAUGGGUGUAUAAUAGCUACUUAUUUAUAAACAUUUUUUUUGUAAAUAUUGUAACCUGUCAAUGUAUAAUUUUGUAGUUUUCCACCAGUGUCUGAACUUGUUUACGUUUGUGUAAUAAAAAUGAGAUAAUAUCUA